GCUUGGAUCUUUGUUCGAAUUCUCUGAAGCCCAAGCUCUAAAACCCUAAACAAUGGCUACGGCGACGGCCAACGCCUUCUUCUGCACCGCCCCAAGAGUCCGCUUCUGCCGUUCCUCGUUGCCCACACGUCCAUUCUUAGUCUCAGUGAGAGUUUUUAGAUUUUCAAGAGUGUCUUCUAGGCAGCAGCUCAGUAUGGUCUGUAGGGCUAGCUCUGCUGCGGGGAACCCGUAUGCUGGCAAUGAUGAUAAUCCGUAUGAGGUUCUUGGUGUGAGCCCUAUAGCAGGGUUUGAUAUGAUGAAAACAUCAUAUCAAAGGAAGAGAAAGGAGGCAGAGAGGAGAGGCGAUGAGGCCACUGUUGCCAGAUUAGAAAAGGCGUAUGAUCAGAUCAUGAUGUCACAAUUGUCGAACCGGAAGAAAGGUGUGACAUUUGGAUCAUUUCAGGUAUCAAAGGAUAUCAAGUAUGCUGAUAAGCAACCAAUUGUUCCAUGGGGACCAAGGGCAUCCAAGUCGAGUUUGAGAGAUAUGCAGAUCAAUAUGGCACUAGCAGCAGUCUUUACUAUUUGGAUUCUCAUCAAACGCAAUGCAGAAUGGAAACCUUUGCAGUUUUUAGCUUUCAUCUUUUUCUACAGAAUAUUUGAGAAGUUGAAAGCUUUUGAGCCUGUAACAACCCCUGUAUUGGAUGAGUAUGGUGAGGAUGAAAACAGGGGAUUACGGAUGGGAAAGCGGUUGCUCCGUUCACUUUCAUUAGUUUUUGGCUGUAUAGCUGUUUCAUCUUUGGGAUACACUGGAAUUCUCAACCUCAUUGAGUUUCUUGGGCGCUCUAUUCCUCUUUUCCUUUAUAAUAACCAGGAACUAUUUGUAACAACGGCAACGGCUAUCAUGCUUUACAUAAUGGCAUCAUACUACAGAUGAUCGCCGGUGAAUAGGCUGAUGUUCAGAGUUUUGACAAGAGAUAUUUAGAUGUAAUCGAUGAAUAUUCAGGCUGCUCAUCAGACAUUACACCCCUGCUGGCCUUUUCACUCAGGCAUUGCAAAGGAAACCCGGAUGGUUUAAAGUUGUGGCUUACAUGUUUACAUUACAAGUUAGCUUGUUAACUGUCUUAUGGAGAAAUGUUGAACACAUUUGCUCCUUCUGUUAUGAAUACAAAUUGGAUCUUAAUUCGGAAA